UGUCAGAUCGCAUUUCCCCUCAGACAAAAAACACUUUUCAUUUGGAAAGAAUACACAAAUAAAAUUACUAAACAAAAAGUUGUUCGGUCGCACCUUCAGCAUGGCGGACCUUGAGGAGAACGAAGGCCCAUUCACAACAAUUGGUGAUAUCUCCGAGGAGCUGGAAUGCACUCAUCUCGCUCACGUGCCCCAGGUCUUGCGAAAGUUGGAGGACAUUCAGGAUACCGAGGACGAAAUGCGGUUGGCUGAGGGAAAGCGACUGAGCAAAAAAUACGAUUCGGUCUUCUAUUAACUAUACCAAAAAUUCUCACGUCACAAUCGUUGCGAGUGACACCUGCCCAGGUGUUGGCCUGGCAAUUAAUGACUGGCUGAACUCCUCACAUUCACACGGCUCGAGCCAGGAUCCAAGGAGGAAGGAAGGCUGGAGGCGCCAACAGCCAACAGUCGCACGCAAGCCAUGAAGGGUUCGGUCCUGAAACUCAAACAAAUUGUGACAAAGUUGCGGAAAUUUAAUUAAAAUCAAAUACAAACACAAAUAACUACGAAA